AUGUUAUGCCGAUACCGUGGAAACAUAUUUUUGAGAAAAACAAUUCAACGAUUUGGCACUUAUAUUUACAAUAAAACUGGUAUUCGAAUAAGUAAUGACACGUCAGGAACAGGACGAGAACACAAUGCAUUAUUUAUUCAUUACAAUGGAUCAAAUCCAAAUUAUCCUGUAUUAGGAGAAAAUGAAUAUUAUGAAUUAAUUGUAUCGACUGAGAGUGCUCAUUUACAUGCAAUAACUGUAACGGGUGUUAAUCGGGGUCUAGCAACAUUUGUACAGUUACUUCAAAUUAGUCAAUUUGAUGAUAUUACUAUUCCUGCAGUUGAGAUUAUCGACAAACCACGAUUUCCGUGGCGAGGUUUGUUGCUCGACAUUUCGAGACACUGGAUGCCCGUAUCUGUUGUAGAACGUACUUUAAAUGCUAUGGAAUUUGCCAAGUUAAAUGUAUUACAUUUACAUUUGACAGAUGAUCAAGGAUUUCGUAUUGAAAGUAAGAAGUAUCCUCUUUUACAUCAGAAAGGUUCGGAUGGUCAGUUUUUUACACAAGAACAAAUACGACAUCUCAUAGAAUAUGCAAAUGAGAGACGAAUUCGAAUUAUACCUGAAUUUGACAUACCUGCUCAUACAACAAGUUGGUUUGUGGGAUAUCCUCAUUUGGCUAGUUCUCCAAAUAUAAAAUAUGAAAUUGAACGACACUGGGGUGUAAUGAAACCAACAAUGGAUCCUACUCAAGAAACGACAUAUAAAUUUUUGGAUGACCUUAUUGAAGAAAUGGCUUCACUUUUUCCCGAUAAAUAUUUUCAUAUUGGAGGUGACGAAGUUGAAGGUUCAGAAUGGACCGAUUCCACCUCAAUUCAGAACUUUAAACAACAAAUGCAUCUUCGAGACAAUCAUGAUCUUCAAACUUACUUCACACGUCGUGUUCAAACAAUAUUAAUAAAGCAUCAUAAAACAAUAAUCGGUUGGGAUGAAAUAUUAGCAGCAUAUCUGAGCCAUAAUGCAACAAAUUCUAAGAGUCAAUUUUCGCCUGAUUCUGUCAUUCAAUCGUGGCGUGGUCGACGAUCUCUCAUUGCGGCGGCUCGAUAUGGUUAUCAAGCCAUACUAUCAAAUCAAUCGUAUUUGGAUUUAAUGCAGCCAGCUGGUUUUUACUAUUCUGUAAAUCCAACUCAAAGCACAAAGUGGCGGCUCAACAAUCAACAAAGAUCAAAAAUCUUAGGGGGCGAAAUCUGUCUGUGGAGUGAGUAUAUUAGCUCAGAUACCGUAGAUUCUCGCAUCUGGCCCAGAGCGGUUGCAUUAGCCGAAAGAUAUUGGUCAUCAGAGCAUGUAACUAAUGUCAACUGUAUGUAUGAUCGACUUAAAAUAAUUAAUCGACAACUUAGUUUUACUGGUAUAGAACAUUUAUCAAAAUACAUGUCAAAAUUAAAAAAAUUUGCUGGAGACGAAUUUUUAAUUCAUUUGAAAACUCUUGCUGAUGUUUGUGAAGCGUUGGGACGGGACGAUCGUUAUCGUACUGGAAAAUAUACAAGUUUAGUUUCCAUGGUAGAAUUCGUAGAUGCGCUUCAGCCAGAAAGUGAAACAGUGUACGAUUUAGAACGUUUAAUCACUUAUAAAACAAAUGAGACUGUGAGAGAGAUAUUGAAAACAACAUUUCAAAAAUGGUCUACGAAUUAUAUGGAACUAAAAGAAUUAUUUCUUCGUAAGAACAAGAAUGAAUCAGUAGUACAAAUAAAACUAUUAUCAAAAAAUUUGUCACAAGUGGGAAAUAUUGGAAUUCAAGUAUUGAAUUAUCUAAAUGAUAGAGCAACGAUAAAUGAUGAUGAACUGUUCGAAUUCAAGGAGACUUUAGACGAAGUAGAAAUUGAAGUACCAGAAAUUAGAUUAGCAGCUGUGAGACCAGUACACAAACUUUUAAGCGAACUGAAUAUGUAA